GAUUAAGUGUUCUAAAGUUGAAACGGUUACUGAAGGACGGACUAUCGUCGGCUAGAGUUAUCUUCCUCUUAAGUACUCUUUAAUCAGGGAGUAAUUUGGCGGGAAUCGUAAAUAAGUUGUAAUGGAUCAAAGUCGGUUCGAGUUGGACAGAACGAAGAAUUGUAUUAUUGAAUCUGAAGUUCCAGAAUGUGCCAAAUCUAAGCCAUGUUGUCUUGGAAUAGACGAGGCAGGCAGGGGCCCUGUUUUAGGCCCUCUUGUGUAUGGUAUUUGUUACUGCCCGGUCGAAAACAAUGAACUCCUCAAAGAAAUGGGACUCGCAGAUUCCAAGACUCUGUCAGAAGAGCAGCGUGAGUCGAUGUUUGAGAAAAUCUCUGAAGCACGAGAUACGGUUGGCUGGAUUGUAGAGAUAAUUUCCCCGACUGUGAUUUGUAACAAGAUGCUCCAGCGCACAAAAUACAACCUUAAUUUUCUGUCUCAUGAUUCGGCUAUUGGACUCGUGCAGCGCGCUCUGGAUAAGGGAGUUAAUCUCAAAGAAGUAUAUGUGGAUACCGUUGGACCACCGGAAACCUACCAGGCAAAGUUACAACGAAUUUUCCCCAAUCUAGACAUCACUGUUGCUAAAAAGGCAGAUGCAACAUACCCCAUUGUCAGUGGUGCUAGUAUAUGUGCAAAGAUUGCGAGAGACAAGGCAGUUAAAUGCUGGGAGUUUGCCGAGGGCAUCGAUACUGAAUCACUCAAUUAUGGCUCCGGAUAUCCUGGUGAUCCCAAAACAAAAGCGUUUCUGCAGACCAGUAUGGACAAAGUGUUUGGCUUCCCACAAUUCGUCCGAUUUAGCUGGUCUACUGCCUCGGUUAUACUGGAAAAGGAAGCCAUGGCUGUCCGCUGGGAUGAUGAUGAUGAAGACGACAAAGAUAAAACAGGAAGUGCUUCAAUCAGUUCCUUUUUCUCAAAGAAGAACGACAAUCCUAAACUUCACAAACACAGAUUUUUCUCUGAACGAUCUCUAUCACAAGUGACUACACUCUAAUAUACCAUUUCUCGCUCCAGCCAGUACACCACGACUGGUAUAUCAAAGGCUGUGGUAUGUGCUAUCCUGUCUAUGGAAUGGUGCAUAUAAAAGAUCCCUUGCUGCUAAUCGAAGAGUAGUCCAUGAAGUGGCGACAGCGGAUUUCCUCGCUCAAUAUCUGUGCGAUCCUUAACUAUAUGCCAGACGCCAUAUAAGCAUAAAUAAAAUAUGUUGAGUGCGUCGUUAAAUAAAACAUUUCCUUCCUCUAAUAUACCAAAAAACUUGGCAUGCAAAAGAGACAUGCAAAUGAAACUAAUUUUCUCAUAAUUUUCGGAGACCGGAGAGAUUUUAGAUGGCUAUGUAAUCUCUGAUGAUCAACAAUUACAGUACUUGCCAAUGUUUGUUAGAUGACACCAAGAGUGAUGGGUACCUCUUUUCACUACUUAGGGAAAUGACAAUUUUAUAUGGCCAACUGUCUUUUUAAAAGUACCAGAUACAAAGCAUGAAGAGGUAGUUAGUUUUCGACUCUGCCAGGUUUUGAGAUGUGGAAAACUAAUUGAAGCCAACCAUACACAAAACUUGUUUGUUGUGUAACUACGGUAAAGUAAUAAAAAAAAAUUGACAUGGA